CUGGGACGCAUCGGUGGUACGAGGCAGAAGGUAGAGGAGGAGGGGGAGGAAAGAUAUGGAGGCGAAUAGGGAGGAAGCGACGUGGGAGGUACGAAGUAAGAUACCUUGCCCUGAUCUGCAUGCUUGGACUAUGCGAGGACUUGCGCUUCUUCUCCUCGUGACCAUCGCUGUCAACUUGUCGAUACAAAGGGAUGAGGCUACCACAAGGGUGACAUGCUUGCGCCCUCCUCCCCUUCUGUAUCUCCGGGGUGGCCAACAGGACAAAAUGAAGGCGACAAGAGCAGGACUAGAGGAAGCGAAGAAACGAUGGCAACAAAAGAAGGAUCGACAGACAAUGCAGGACGAGCAAGAGACCAAAUCGCGUCAUCAUGCGUACGUAUCUCAAGAUGUGGGGCACCAAUCCUCUUCAUCAUACAACGAAUCAGCUCUCUUCAACUUAGAAUCCAUGCCAUCCCACAUCUCAGACAAUGACAAGGCUGCCCAAGAGGUUGGAGGAUGGGGCAUGUUGGUUGGAGGACAGGAAGAGUUUGCUCUGCAUGGCCUGAAGAACAAGUCUUCAUCAAGGAGGAGCAACAAGGUGGACAAAUAUGAACACUUAGCAUCUCUUGAAGAGAGCAUCUCGCAAAGCGAGAAAGAGCUGCAGAUGUUGAGAAAGAGGGUCACGAGUGUUAAGCCCAACCACCCACUAGCGGAGGCUUUAGAUCUGAAAGAGAACAGCGAGGCAGAAGACGAAAGUUUUGAUGAUGAGGACCUGUUGAGGGACAGCGAUAUGUACGAGAAGGAUGGCGAUUACCUCCUUGUUAAUGAAACAGACAACGAGGUCGUAUCAUCGAUCUCAAAUAUCCAGAUGGUAGAGGAGCUGUGCAGUGCCAGCCAACUGAAGGAGGGGCUGCCAUAUCAAGUAGUCUUAGACGAGCACUGGGGCCCAUCAAAGGAGGACUCGGACCUUCUCUCAUAUGAAGCAGGAAGAUUGAUUGGGGACAUGCCGCUUGAAGUUCAAAUUAUUGACUGCAACGAAUCAGACGCCAACAUUCUAGAAAGAUUUCAUGAGUGUCCGGAUGUACUAGGCUAG